AUGGCGGUCGCUCUGCGCAGAUGGAGCCUUGCAGCCUUAAUCGCAACUGCCGCUGCGAUGGCAGUUCUCCAUGCCGCAGCAUCCCUAGCUGAGGGAAGUGAGAGUACUCUAAUCACGUGUGACAACGGACAAAAAAACGGCUCAGCAGGACCUGAGAAUCCUCUCUAUUUCAAGUGUGGCGAGAGCAUGACCUUGAAUCCGACAUCAACUACCCAGGUGUACCUUGAUGCGAAAUGCACAGACCAAGCAGAGCUAAAUACUGUCGUCCCCGGAGCCACAUUGAACGGCCCAAGUCAACGCCCCGCCGGUCUACAAGGCACGAAUGACGUCUACACGCUUACGAUAAAUACUGCUCCGGAAGCAACCAAAACACUUUGUUACAAAUGCGAGGGAAAAAGCACUCCAGUCGUCCAGCACCGGAGCGAAGACUUGACGCAAAGCAACAAAAAAGAGUGCAAAAUUGUGAUCACGGUCGCGGCUGCUCCGACAGUCUCGACUACGGCUCCUCAUGCCACAUCAGACACCGACAUCUCCACAUCCACAACGGAGGCUCCUGUAGCAUCAUCAGGCACGGUCAUUUCCAAUCCCACGACAGUAACUGCGGUGUUUGCCACUGCGUUAGCUCAUGGCCUUUUCUUGCAGUGA